AUGGGCGACCAAAAAAUCCCCUAUGAACACCUCCCGAUCCCUACCUAUGAAGAAGCAACCUCCUCUCGCCCGUCAUCCUCGCAAUCCCGGCUCGGACCUCGAGAAGUAAGCGACGAUGCCGAAAGGCAGGGCUUCUUACACCACCAUGACGUGGCCGGAGAGCGCAGCCAGCGGCCAUUUUUGCGGGGAUACAGACCUCCCACAGUGGAAUCAGCACGGUCAAGUCUUGACUUUCUCUCAGACAAUGGGAGCUCUGCUCGUGGGUCGACGGAGCAGUUGCGGAGAGAACUAGAGGAGAUGGAAGUCGAGGAUCCUCCACAGGCUUCGUCAUCAUCGUCUUCUUCCUCCUUUGCUAAACGAUUCACAAGCUUCAAACGGACGCUAUCGUCAAUAAACCUGCCGUUACGAAAAUACAUUCCUACUUUCACUCUACCAUCCUUCGACUUUCGCUUUAAUAUAUGCGCGGGCAUAGAACAUCAGCAGAGAUGCAUCAUCCUCCUGAGGGUCUUUGCCGUUUGUCUAGUCGCUUCUCUUGUUUACCUACUCUUCGUCUCAAACUUCUUUUCGUUUAGCAACAGGAUCAACCAGGGCCAGAUAUACCAACCCGAGUCUGUCCGUGUGUUCCUGGAGAACCACAUCAAUGAAACAGCCAUAGGACAGAACCUCGAGCGGGCUACAAAUUUCCCUCAUAUUGCGGGCACAGAAGGGAACUACGCAUUGGCUAAAUGGGUGGAGGAAAACUUCAAGUCAUAUGGGCUGGAAAGUGUCGAGUUGGAGCAGUUUGAUGUCUAUCUCAACUACCCUAAGAAAGGUGGGAGGAAGGUAGCCAUAGUUGACCCUCCUGAGGCGCGAUGGGAAGCGCAAGUCGAGGAGGACCAGGUGUACACUGAUCCGCCACGGGAGCAGACAAUGGUGUUUCACGGACUUUCCAAAUCGGGCAACGUAACAGGACCGCUUGUAUAUGCAAAUUAUGGAUCCAAGCAGGAAUUUAAAAAGCUUGCUGAUAUGGGUGUGAGUGUCAAGGGGUCAAUAACCUUGAUUCGACAUUACGGGACACAGCCAGACGUGUCUCUAAAGGUCAAGGCUGCGGAACUGGCUGGUGCAGCUGGUUGUAUUAUAUACUCUGAUCCAGCUGAAGACGGAUUUCGGAAAGGCGAUCCUUGGCCAAAGGGAAGGUUCAUGCCCAAGGAUGGGGUCCAGAGAGGUGCAGUUAACCGCGUUGCUAUGGCGGCCGGUGACGUCCUCAGUCCCGGGUUCCCUUCUCGGACAGAUGAAAAAAAGCGACUGAAGGUUGAUAAAGCUAAGGGCCUUCCCCAGAUCCCAAGCAUUCCUCUCUCCUGGAAGGAUGCUCAACACCUUUUGAUGGCUCUCAAGGGCCAUGGUAAGAAGGUACCCAAGGACUGGGUUGGUGGUGUUCCAGAUAUCAGCGAAUGGUGGACUGGAAACGAAGAUUCACCUAAGGUCAACCUGAUGAAUUUGCAGGACGAGGUUGAGCGGCAGCCCAUCUACAAUGUUAUUGGACGAAUAGUUGGCGUUGAGCAGUCCAAAAACAGUAUCAUACUGGGUAACCAUCGUGAUUCCUGGUGCUUUGGAGCGGUAGAACCUGGCAGCGGAACUGCGGUUCUACUAGAGAUUGCCCGUGUUUUUGGUGAGCUCAAGGCACGUGGAUGGAGACCACUGCGGACCAUUGAGUUCGUCAGCUGGGAUGCAGGCGAGUAUGGGAUGAUUGGAUCCACAGAGCACGUUGAAGAUAGAACAGAGCUUCUAAGGGCUAAUGCAUUUGCCUAUCUCAAUGUGGAUGUUGCUGUCUCUGGAGAUAAAUUCUCCGCUAGAGGCUCACCCUUAUUUGAACCUAUUCUGCUCCACAUCUUGAAUCGGGUACCAGAUCCCAGGAGAAGGGCAACUAUUCGGCAACUUUGGGACAAGGCUGGGUCUAAACUUGAAGGACCCAAUGCGGAAGGUGAUUCUCUCCCGUUCCAGACCAUUUCCGGGACUUCUAGCAUCAGCCUAGAAUUUAAGGGAGACCGUUACCCUGCCCACAGUUGUUACAGCAAUUUCGACUGGAUUCAUAAGACGGGCGACCCUGGUUUCUUAUACCAUCGUGCUAUGGGCCAGAUUUGGGGCCUGCUCGCUCUGGAGCUAUGCAGCCGACCUGUCCUUCCCUUUGACAUACACCCCUUCUCUAAGGCUCUUGCUCAGUAUGUCUUGGAUUUGCAUAAAUACGCCAAAAAGAUAUCUGUGCCUCUGAAAUCUCUCAAGAACCGAGAUAAAAAUGAUAACAGUAAACCUGACGACGGCGUUGUUGACCUGCAGCCUCUAUAUGACGCAGCCAACUCCCUUAAUGCCGAAGUUGCCAAGUUCCAUCGAUGGGAAGGGAAUUGGAAUGCCACUAUAUACGACCAGAAUGGAUUUGAAGACGAUGUCUCGGCCCUCAGACGCAUGACUCACAACACCCACAUGGCCUAUUUCGAAACAAACCUUCUAGACCUAGAUGAAGGCGGAGGAGUCCCUAACCGCACUCAAUAUAAACAUAUGAUCUUCUCGCCUCAACUAUGGCCCGAGAACCCCGAGGACUCAACUUACUUCCCUGCCAUUAGAGAUGCCAUGGAUUCAAGAGACUGGACCCAAACCCAGGUAUGGAUUGAUAAAGUCUCAAAGAUCAUCACCAACGCAGCUGUCAGAUUACACCAAUAA